AUGGCUACCUACGCUCUCUCUCCGGCUCACCGGAACCAAAUGGAGGUGUCCCUCGUGGACAGCGAUCCUGAGAUCGCUCAGAUCAUGGAGAAGGAAAUCCAACGUCAGCGCGAAUCCAUCGUCCUGAUCGCCUCGGAGAACUUCACCUCCCACGCUGUCUUCGAUGCUCUGGGUUCCCCCAUGAGCAACAAGUACUCCGAGGGUUACCCCGGCGCUCGCUACUACGGUGGCAACCAGCACAUCGAUGCCAUCGAGCUUACCUGCCAGGCUCGUGCCCUCAAGGCUUUCAACCUGGACCCCGCCAAGUGGGGCGUCAACGUUCAGUGCCUCAGUGGUAGCCCUGCCAACCUGCAGGUCUACCAGGCCCUCAUGCGCCCUCACGACCGUCUCAUGGGUCUUGACCUCCCCCACGGUGGUCACUUGAGUCACGGUUACCAGACUCCCGCCAGAAAGAUCUCUGCUGUCUCUACCUACUUCGAGACCUUCCCCUACCGUGUCAACCUUGAGACCGGUAUCAUUGACUACGAUCAACUCGAGGCCAACGCUGAGCUCUACCGCCCCAAGUGCUUGGUCGCUGGUACCUCCGCCUACUGCCGCCUGAUCGACUACGCUCGCAUGCGCAAGAUCGCUGACAAGGUCGGCGCCUACCUCAUUGUCGACAUGGCUCACAUCUCUGGUCUGAUUGCCGCCGGUGUCAUCCCCUCCCCCUUCGAGUACGCCGAUGUUGUCACCACCACCACCCACAAGUCCCUCCGUGGUCCCCGUGGUGCCAUGAUCUUCUUCCGCAAGGGUGUCCGCAGCACUGACCCCAAGACCGGCAAGGACAUCAUGUAUGACCUUGAGGGCCCCAUCAACUUCUCUGUCUUCCCUGGUCACCAGGGUGGUCCCCACAACCACACCAUCACUGCUCUGGCUGUUGCCCUUAAGCAGGUUGAUACCCCCGAGUUCAAGCAGUACCAGCAGCAGGUCAUCAAGAACGCCAAGGCCCUCGAGGAGGAGUUCAAGGCUCUCGGUCACAAGCUCGUCUCUGACGGCACUGACAGCCACAUGGUCCUUGUCGACCUCCGCAACAAGAGCCUGGACGGUGCUCGUGUCGAGGCUGUCCUCGAGCAGAUCAACAUUGCUUGCAACAAGAACUCCAUCCCCGGUGACAAGUCUGCUCUGACCCCCUGCGGUAUCCGUAUCGGUGCCCCCGCCAUGACCACCCGUGGUAUGGGUGAGGAGGACUUCAAGCGCAUUGCCCGCUACAUCGACCAGUCCAUCAACCUCUGCAAGAAGGUCCAGAGCGAGCUUCCCAAGGAGGCCAACAAGCUCAAGGACUUCAAGGCUAAGGUUGCCUCCGAGACCGUCCCUGAGAUCCUCAGCCUCCGCAAGGAGGUCGCUGAGUGGGCCAGCACCUUCCCCCUCCCCGUCUAA